GGCCAACGGAACUUUCAUGCCCUAGGGGGUGAACGAUACAACCAGCUCUGCGUCCCCACUGCCUGAAGACACCAUGGCUACCAACGAGAACAUUUCUUCAUCUGUGUUGAAUAGAUUGAUCAAGGAGGUCAAAGAUUACACCAAGCAACCGGUUUCAGAUGUCACCCUGCAAGUGAACGAAGAGAACGUCACUGAUCUUAGAGCGGAGAUCUCUGGACCAGCUGAAACUCCAUUCCAUGGAGGAGUUUUCAAGAUCAAGCUCGUGUUCGGGCCUGAUUUCCCAUCUGCGCCGCCGAAAGGCUUUUUCAUCACACCAAUCUUUCAUCCGAACAUCGCCAAGAACGGAGAGAUCUGUGUGAAUACUCUCAAGAAGGACUGGAAGUCUGACUGCAAGCUCGGCCACAUCUUGAUGGUGGUUCGAUGCCUGCUGAUAGAGCCGAACCCUGAGUCCGCUCUCAACGAGGAGGCUGGAAGGCUCUUCAUGGAGGACUACGAGUCGUACUUCCAGCGGGCACAGCUUAUGACGAAGAUCCAUGCGACCAGGGAGAGUGCUCCGACUGAGAAGAACAUCGAGAGCAUCGGGGGGGAGAAGCCCAGCAGCAUCUCAACUGCGGGCAAGAAAGAGGAAAAGAAGAAGGAUGACAAGAAAAGGAGCCUCAAGAGGCUCUGAUGGCGAUCGUGAAGUGUAUUAACUGAUAGACUUAUUGACAACUGGUUUAGCUGAGGGAGAUUUGUACAUCCAACAGUCGGGGAAUAAAGACCCGAUAACG